GGCGCAGCUGCAGGUGUGGCUGGACGAGGCUGGCGGUGAGGACAAGCUGGCCGUCGUGGACCUGCCCCCGGGCCUGGCCGCCGCCCCGCGCCUCAAGACCGCGUCCUCCGUGGGGCCGGUGAACCUCGUGCAAGUGCUGAGCGAGGGCCACGAGGUGUCCGUCGGCGAGAUGGUGACCCUGGCCUUGACCGUGACCCGGGAGGAGGGCUGGAUGUUCCUGGGGCUGUGCGGCGAGGCGUCCUGCAGCGCCGUGGGGGUCAUCGGGGCGACCGAAGACAACCGCUUCAGCUUCACGUCCAGGGUGACCAGCAGCAACAGUGUGGUGGGCGACGGCGCGGUGUGGCAGAGCCAGACGCGCGGCCCCCGCCGCUUCGUCAGGGGUCAGACGCUGCGGUUCAUCGUCCACCGGCGCACCGAGACCCUGAUGGACGUGUGGCUGGAGCCCGCGCCCUCCAAGAAGGCCACCAUCCCGCUGGAGCGCGACAGGAAGUUCCUCAAAGUCGCCACCGACGCCGGCAACGUCGAGUACCUGGGCGCGGCAGGGGCCCUGGCGGACCGCGGCUACCGCCUGGCCGUGGCCGAGGAGGUCCGCGUCGAGGUGCGCCCGUCCAGCGCCCAGGGCUGGCUCUUCGUGGGGCUCUGCGGCGCGGCGUCGUGA